AUAUUAUUGUCUUGUCUCUCGCCAUCAAACACGGCCGUCAAACACGGCUGCACACACAAGGCUACGUUAACGAGCCGCUGAAGUUUAUUUCGCUAGCCGCCGCCGACCUCACCUAAGCUUCCUGCUCCAUCGCGAUUCCUCCCGCCUAGCACAACCACAAAUGCCGCCACGACUUCCACGGCUAGCCCCCGGGCGACUGCGACUCGCGCGCACCAAUUCCCUGCUGCCAAAGACGUCGAAAUGUUUACUCUGCCAAUUCAAUGCCGCGCCAGCAGCUGCUGGGAAACAGGUACCGUGUCGGCGGGAGCAGGUCGGGACCACCGCCGCUGCGUCGAUUCCGCGGGCGCGACGACAACUCUCUACUGCGACUGUGGUGGUGGAGGGGGAUGGGGAGGCUAAGCCACUUACUCCGAAACAAGUUGUUGCUGAGCUUGAGAAAGCCCUGAGCGACCUCGAGAAGCAGGCCGUUGGGUAUGUCAACCUCCCGCGGUUGCGGCUGGCGCAACGCGGUGUCGCGCAAAGGGUUGGGCAGGAAGUUAUACGCGUUGCUGUCAUUGCGCUAGCGGGGCAGGGAAAGUCUACAGCGAAGAGUAGGGAGCUUAUACGGUUGCUACUUGCGGAUCCGUUGAAGGCGGAGGAGGAGUGGGAGAGGAGUCUGACGGCGACGGAGGAUCCGGUGUUAUUACGAAUCAGCCACCGGUCAGGCGGGAAUGUCGAGGGUGGGGGGGCCUUCAAGAAUCGGCUACUGAAGGAAGUGCAGAUCUCUUCGGCGAUGUUGAAGGAUCAUUACCUCGAGAUUCUGGUUAUCGACGGAGAUGUGUUGAUGGAAUCCGAGGAGGGGACCGCGGAACUCGCAGAGAACGUGCUGGUUCCCAAUAUCCAGAUCCCCGCCUCGUUCGGCGCGCAUUACUCCCCCAUAACAGCACCAGUGCACAAGGCCCUCAUAGUAGGCGACGGCAUCCUCGGCGCAGCAUCACUCCUCCGCCUCCCAUCCAUGGAAGCGGAUCUCAUCCAAACCGCCGUCGAUCUCCCAUCCAGCAUCCACGACACAGCCGCGACCACGCAAUUCCACUCCGUCGACGUAUCCCUCGGCACCGCAGCCCUAAGAUCCUUCCGCGAAAACGUUGGCAAUGCUUUGAAAUACGAACAACAAUGGUCCGCCUCCGGCCUGCCCACCCUCCGCGACUGGGUCAUCUCCGGCUCGAGCUCAUCCACCACCUCCUCUUCGCUAAAACCACCAGUCCACGCACUCAUCCGCUCUCUCCUCUCCUCUACCGAAGAAAAAAUCCACUGCCGCGAAGCCUCCGCCCUAUCCGCCGCGCUCUCAGCGAGGGUCUCACCAUCCACCACGCAAUCUCUCCAGCGCGACCUGGACGAGUGGGCAGAGGGCGCGCACACCGAGCUACGCGAUCAACUCGACCUCGCUUUCUCAGGCCGGCGCUGGCGCGCGCUGGCGUGGUGGAAGCUGUUCUGGCGCGUUGACGACGUGUCGGCUAUUACCUCUGACAUUCUUGCAUCGCGCUUCCUCACUGGUGCGGAGCAGGAGGUUAUUUACAUCGCUGGUAAGAUUGACGCCGCUGGUGUUCUUGCUGAGCCGACGACUCCGCAGCCGUCGUCGGCGAAUUGGGCGUAUAAAGAUGCGCCGCCGAUACGUGACCCGGAGGAGGAGGUACCCCUCGGCAUCGAGCCCGAGGCUGCCGCACGCCGCGUCCGCGACGUGAUUCCAGUCAUUGAUACUCCACUCGAUGGCCCCAUCGCCACGCCCGCUAUAAAAGCGCACCCCUGGCCCCUCCACAUCCCCCUAACACGCUCGUACAUCGCCACCUCCAGCGUCCCGCGCCUACAAGCUCUAGCGCAGAAACUCGUCGCCCAAACGCUCGGCACGACAGCCUUCAGCGGCGCGUUCGCGGGGCUGAUUUACGUGUCGAAUCUUAGUGUGGGGAUUUAUGAGGCGGGUGCAGUUGCGGCGCUGGGGACGGUGUGGGCGCUGCGGCGCAUGCAGGGGGGGUGGGAGGGGGGAGGGGGUGGUGGGAGAGAGAGGUUAGGGAGGAGGGGAGGAAGGCGGUUAGGGGGGUUGAGGGCGUUAUGGGGGGGGUGCUGA